AUGAAUCAUGAAUCAGAACGAACUGUUCGUCGUCAUCAUCGUCGUCGUUCUAUUAUUCGUGAAUUUUGUUUGAAUACAUCGACACAUGCUCCACCAGAAAUUGCUCGUAGUGAAAGUUUUCAUAAUUGUGCUUUUUGGUCGAUUGCAUUUCUAAUUUUUACUGGUAUAAUGAUCUAUUUUAUAGUUAAAUCAAUAAUAAAUUAUUUUGAUUAUCCAACAUCAAUCGAUGUAUCUUAUGAUAAUAAUUGGCAACAAUAUUUUGCAGCAGUUAGUUUUUAUAAUAUUGCAGCACUUCGUUUCGAUCGAUUCAUUCAACCUUUUUUGAAUUUUACAAAUUCACUAAAUAUAACAAAUACAAACGAUACAACAACAAUAUCUGAAUAUCAAUCAAAAUUUAUUUGGUUUUUUCUUAUUGAUCAAGUUAAUAAAAAUCAAUCAUUAGAAGAUUACUUUUUUCCAUUGUCAACAAUGCUUCAAGAAUGUGCAUAUAAUUUUGAAACAUGUACAUCAACUGAUUUUAUUUCAUUUAUAUCACCAAGUUAUGGUCUAUGUUAUACAUUUAAUGCUAAAUUGAAAAAUAGUACAGAUGAUAGUCUUCGAUUUGGAAAUUUUUAUGGCGGUGCUGGUAUACUCAGUUUAAGUCUUUAUAUUCAUAGUUAUCAAUAUGUACCCUACUCGACUGAUGCUGCUGGUGUAUUAAUUCUUAUUCAUGAUAAUAGACAAGUACCAAUGAUUGAAACGAGUGGUAUCGAAUUAGGACCUGGACGAAGAUAUAAACUAAGUUACAGAAAAAAGAUAAUUAAUUUUUUAUCUUCACCUUAUACUGAUUGUACAAAUAAAAUUUCCGAUUCAAUGAAAGCUAUGUUCAAUAAUAAUUAUUAUCCAGCAGAUUAUGUUUAUUCUCAAAGUAAUUGCUAUCAAAUUUGUCAACAAACUUAUAUUUAUGAACAAUGUGGUUGUGUUAAUCCAUAUCUAUGGUAUAUACGUCAGAUUGUUCUACCAGGCACAGAUAAUAUAAUAUUUGCACCUGCUUGUUAUACAUGGGAUAGCUGUUUUGACAAAGCAUCCAAGAGACUUUUUGCUUCUGCAUCACUUGUGGAAAAGUAUUGUUCAGAUUGUUCACAAGAAUGUUCAACAAAUACGAUUAAAAAUUUUGUCGAAAAUUCUUCCGUACCAUUACCGAAUAAUUGGUCAACAAAAUGGCGUCAACAUAUUUAUGAAAAUUAUCUUACUAUAAAUAUUCUACGUGAAACAAGUAUUGUCGAAACAAAUACACAAGCAUCAACACUCGGUUUAGUUAAUGUUAUUUCAAAUAUUGGAGGUCGAACAGGACUAUGGAUUGGUAUUAGUUUUUUGUCAAUUAUGGAAUUGAUCGAAAUGAUCUAUCGAUUAAUUCGAUAUCAAGUACAUGUGAUACGAGAAUCAAUGCAAAGAAAAAUUAACAUAAUACAAUAA